AUGCCCAAGGCGACCUCGCAGACGUUUACGCGCUCCCACGGCCCCGUCUCGGCGUCGAAGCGUCCCGGAGCCGCCAAGGCUGACGCGUCCGGCAGUGCGGCCACCUCAGGUGCCCGCAACCAUCUGUUCAACACUGAAAAGUUCGGACAGCACAUUCUCACCAACCCACUUGUGGCCCAGGGCAUUGUUGACAAGGCCGAGCUCAAGCCCACGGAUGUCGUCCUCGAAGUCGGUCCCGGUACCGGUAACUUGACUGUCAAGAUCCUGCCCGUGUGCAAACGUGUGGUCGCGUGCGAGAUGGACCCCCGUAUGGCUGCCGAAGUGCAGAAGCGUGUGCUCGGAACACCGCAGCAGAAGAAGCUGGAGAUUAUCCUCGGCGAUUUCGUCAAGGCCGACCUGCCGUACUUUGACGUCUGCAUCUCCAACACGCCUUACCAGAUUUCGUCCCCGCUCGUGUUCAAGCUCCUGUCGCACCGCCCCGUCAUCCGCUCCGCGGUUCUCAUGUUCCAGCGCGAAUUUGCGCUCCGUCUCUGCGCCGCACCGGGCUCCAAGCUCUGGUGCCGUCUCUCGGCAAACGUCCAGAUGUACGCGCGCGUCGAGCACGUCAUGAAGGUCGGCAAGGGCAACUUCCGUCCUCCUCCCCAGGUCGAGUCGUCCGUCGUCCGUAUCCGCCCCCACGACCCUCCUCCUCCCGUCAAGUUUGAGGAGUAUGACGGUCUCAACCGUGUCGUCUUUUCGCGUAUGCACAAGACGCUGCGUGCGUGCUUCAAGGCCAAGGGUGUCAAGGAGAUGGUCGACAAGAACUACCGCACCUGGUGUGCCGUUAACGAGAGGCUCAUCGAGGACGACUUUGACGCCUGGAAGCUGAUUGACGAGAUCCUCGCCGAGACCCUUGUCCCGGCCAAGACCCUCGACGAGGACGAGCAGCGCCCUGCGUUUGCCGACUCGCGUGCCGCCGCCCUGUCCGGCAACGACUUGUUAGAGCUGCUGAGGGCGUUCAACGUCCGCGGCGUCCACUUUGCUUAA